AUGGCUUCUGCCAAGGGUUUGAACCCUUUUGCCGCUGAGUUCGUCAAACCUCAAAGCUCGAGUUUCUCAAAAAAAGACUAUUCAACGCUCAACCCUUAUGCCUCAUCCUUUUACUGCUUCUCAAAUGUUCUACCGGCACCCACAGGCUUCCCAAGUACCCCCAUCACUUACUCUCUCCCCUUCCCCACCGAUUUUCAAUACCCAACUCAUUUUGAGCACCAUGUGCUUCCGGCAAUCCAGUCGGUUCAUAAGGCUGUGUCUGAUCAGCCAGAGCUGGUUGAAGUGCAGCAACCAGCUCAUGACCUUGUUGCGCAGGAAGCUAACCAAAAAUUUGUGCCUCCAAAAGUUCCGAGGAUUCGUGGCUCCAAAGGAAGGUAUAGGAGGUAUAGCCGAUUCUUUGAUCAGCAAAUCGGAAGAAGAAGCAGUACUAGUACAGAGAAGCAGGAGGGUACAGAGAAGCAGGAGGGGAAGCCUGCUUUGAAGUCGACUGAUGAGAAGAAGCUUCCAAAGAAAUUUAUUGAUUACAAUUGGAGUGUGCCCAGGAGGAUGGUGAAGAGAUCCUCCAACGUGCUGCCGGUGAGAAAAGACGGUGACGGCACCACCGUCAUGAUUAGAAACAUACCCAAUAAGUACUCUCGUGAUCUGUUGAUGACUUUUCUGGACAAGCACUGUGCGAAUGAGAAUCGGAAAUCUGACGGAGGAGAAGAAUCGGAAUCGGCCUUUGAUUUCUUGUAUCUGCCUAUUGAUUUUUGGUACACAUGCGUGCACUUUAUUGAUCACAUUGUUCAAUGCAUGUUUACCUAUGCCAUAAAUGAUAUAGAGAUAUUAAUGCGUGCGUUUUUCGACUAUGGAAAACUCAGGACUGGGAUGAACAAGGGCUAUGCAUUUGUAAACUUUACAAAACCAAAAGCUGUGUGGAAGUUUUACUUGGCCGCUCAUAGCCAGACAUGGGAGUCGUUCCACUCCAACAAGAUUCGAGAAAUCGCCUACGCUCGAAUCCAGGGGAAGAAGGACUUGGUUCAACAUUUUGAGACAAUGGGGUUUCCUUGUGAGUCGGAGGACGUGCUGCCGGUGUGUUUCAGUCCACCGCGGAACGGAUCAGAGAAGUUGGUGGAGAGGAGAUAUGUUGGGAAGCUUGAAGGAUGGGAAGGGAUUGGAUUGAGUCGACAGGCUGCAGGAACUUGGAGGAAGGUGAAGGAAGGAAGCUCAGCUAGGUCAUGA